UUUCCCAAAGCAAAAGAGAAAAAGAAAUAAUAAUGUUGCGAUCAAGUACUGCGUUGAGAAGUCUCCAAUGGCGAUCGUCACUGGUUACAUUACGACAACAGUCAACAGCAGCUGCCGCGGCUGCCGCUCCAGCUGAAGAAGUACAGCAGCCUUCCGAACAACCACAACAACCACAAAAGCAACAAUCACGAGCCCAGCUUUCCGUCCGUCUUGGUGGUUCCGGUCGUGGCAAAUCACUCGAAGCUGCCGAUCCCUUUUCCCAGUUCUUAAACAAUGCUCAACAACAAAACUUUAAACGCAUGGGAUUCCGUGGCAAACAAAAGGCAAAGGCAGCACCAGUACCUGGCCAGUUCGACGAUGCAUCAGAAGGGCAACAGCCACAGCAACAACGUCCGAAGAACCAGCAACAACAGCAACGAUCUAGAGGAAACAACAAUAACAACAACAAUCGUCCACAACAGCAGCAGAAGCGUCAGGCAGACGGUGCUAACCAACAGCGACAGCAGCGUCAGCAGCGACAGCCACGACAGAACAACAAUGUCUCACGGAAGCCGGCUGUAGAGAGCCGACGAGUAACAACAUUUAUCGACAAGGAUAUUGACUGGACGGCAAUGAGCGGAUUUGAUGAUCAGGAGAGCGAGGUGGCUGCGUCAAUGGUGUCAACGGAACAGACGGCGGAGGAGCGUGAAAAGGUGAUGUUGGAGCUGCAGACGGGAGACUAUGAACGGUAUUUCCAGGUGUCGAAUGGAAUGCAGUUCGCACAGGCAGUCGACGCAGAAAGCCUGAACUCGCUGGUGGGAGGCAAUGCCAGCUAUGGCUUUGAUCAAAAGACGGCAUUCCUGAGCGCGGUGUCCAAGGCAACAUCCGGUGGUGGUGCUGCUGCUGCUGCUCCCCAAAAGUGAAAGAAGAACAUAUGUCUGUGAUACACACUUUGUAAACAUCUUUAGAAUUCUAUAAAAAAAGAACUCCACUCACCACCGCCUUCCCACUCCCACUACACGACCAUUUCAUCCAGCAUAACAACUCCCGCUCUUUAAGAGCGUAUACUAUCUUUAAAGUAUCGUUGGUGCCUCUAUUAGCACCUCCAGUAACAAAACAGUGCAAUCCCAAGCUUUCUAAAAUAUACAUUUUCAUUCUACACAUCUGCACGCCUAUUGUCCCAACUGUUUAGCAUCUCUGCAUGCUCAUUUUUUUUCCUACCUUGCUGUUGUGGAACCCAGCCCGAAAAAAAUAAUAAUAAUUUGAUUAGAACACCGUGCGCUCGCACGCAUAUCACAUAUGCUCAGAAAUACUUUAUUUUCGCGCAUGGCGAGGAAAACACUUGGCACAUGGAAAACUUUUGCUUUGAUUUCCAAUUACUCUUGGCGCGUCUCUGGGAUAUAUUAUGU